AUGAGUCUAAAAUGUUUUCCACUGUUGUAUGUGAACAUGGCUGGAGAGAUGAUCUACAUAUUGGAGCAAAGGAUCAAGAAUCAGAAGAACAUCUCUGAGGAGAAAGGCGAUCUAGUACUACACGAUAUCAUUAGUCAAACCCUCAAGCAAAAAUAUCUCCAUGAAAUAUUCAAACCGCAGCAGAUGUUCUCCAGACGGCAUAUGCGAGCAAUGUUUGAACGUUUAGCACAUUCCAGCAUUAUGAGACUCAGUGAAAGCAGCAUGGAAAAACUGUUCGAUCUAACCUUAAUGAUGACUAAAUAUCAAAUUCAAAAUGUUGUGAUGCCUGAACAGAUCCUAACAGUCACUAUGAAUCAUCUAAGUGGCAUGAAACGAAUCGCAAAGCAAGAGGAUGAUAUCCAGGAACUUAUCCGGAAUGCGCAUGCUAUGUUUCUAAUGCUGUACGGUCCUGUUCCAUUGACUGAAUGGAAUUUAAUACGGCAUCAAAUGCUGAACUUCUUCCAGAAAUCAUCCCUCAGGCCAUUUCAGGACUGUCGCGUCAAAGUUUCGGUUUUUCUGAGGGAUGGAAAGCAGUUUGAAGAUGGCCAUUUCGUCUACCUUCCUCAAAAAGAUCCCAUCGAACUUCCACCAGACGUAGAAACUCCGGGGAUCACAAAAUAUUACGAGAACGGGGAAUUUGUGAAAUCUACACAAUGGCCGGUGACCAGGAAUUACAUCCCACUACAGCAUCCGGAAAGUCGAAAUCUUGACGCCGAAGUACGCUCGACGACACUCGGCACAAGUAUAUUCACCAAUGAGAUGAGCUUGGAUAUAAACGGCGGUGGCGGGACCGCAAAGGCCGAACCGGUGCAAUACGGUGAUGAAAUGAAACUGCUCGAAUCGCUCUUUGGCAGUUCACUCAAGACAGAAGGUGAAGUCGAUUUAAAUAUGUUCGACUCCACUGCAGAAGAGAAGACGUACAUAAAAGAAACCGAAGCGGGCCUGAAGAAUGUGCUCAAAAUUGACGCACGCAAGGAUAAAAAAUCAAUAUCGACAGCUAUGUCCGAGAUGAAAUUGACGGGAGGCGAGGAGAAGAAGAAGAAGAAGGAGAAAGGUGCCGACAUGUUGGAGAUGCUGGACGAAGCUGCCGCACGACCACCAACCAGCAAACCGCGAAAACGUUCGCAGAGUCGCGGUAGUACCGCAGCAAAUGUGGCACGAGCUGGAAGUGCGAAACGACCGGUAUCCGCCAAGAAAUCCACAAAAUAG